AUAAAAAUAAAACAAAGCAAACAAUGCCAAAUAAGAAAAGAGAGACGACGACACCGUUUUCAAAACACUCGUUCAUCUCCAUCUGUCUUAGUGUUCCGAAUUGAAAAUAUCAGAAAAAGCUUGAAAUUGGAAUAGGGUUAGGAAUAGGAAUGUCAGACUAUCUCCCAGAGGAAGUGGUGCUGGAAAUUCUGCACAGACUUCCCGUCAAAUCCCUAAUUCGAUUCAGGUGCGUUUCUAGAUCAUGGAACUCUCUAAUUACAAGCUCUGCCUUCAUCAAUUCCCGUCUCACUCGAUCACUUUCACUGCCUUCCAACUCCAACAAUUUAAUUGUUAGGCACUGCGUUGAUAACUCGUAUGUAAAUUACUUCAAAUUAAUUGACGAUAAAAAUGACUCAUUUGAUCAAAUUCAAAACAUUGAGCUCCCACGCAGGAGUCGCCGUAUCAAAUCUUUUGUGCUAAUUGGUUCCGUGAAUGGCUUGUUCAGUCUAUAUGAACAGCAUCGCUAUAUUCUUUGGAAUCCCUCUAUUAGAAAAUGUAUUACCCUUCCAAGGCCUUGCAUUACUUCCAAGACACAUGGCUCCAUUGGGUUUUGUCGCCAAGCAUUCGGGUUUGAUCCGCGAACUAAUGAUUAUAAGCUAGUGAGGAUUGCAUUUCCAAGUCGAAUUAAUAUGUCUGAAGAGGCCAAACCACCUCUAAUUGAGGUUUACUCUCUUAAUGAGGGGUGUUGGAGAGUUACUAGUACCUCUUUUCCUCCAGGUAUUACUUUUACUGAUUGGCGUCGACCAGCAACUUCUUUAAAUGGGGCAGUCCAUUUUGCUGUGGAAUAUGAGUACAAGCUCGGAGGCCCUUGUGGCCCAUUGGUUUUGUUAUUUGAUUUGCUUGAUGAGGUUUUUCAUGUGAUAUCAUUGCCAAAUGUUACAUUCAAAUGGACUAACAAUGCUCAUACCUCAGUAAUUGGGGGAUCGCUUUCUCUAUUAUUUUAUUAUUAUGGUAGGCAUGCAGACAACAAGUGUUGUGCCAUUUGGGUGAUGAAAGAGUAUGGAGUUGUUGAUUCUUGGACUAAACAGUUCACUGUUAAUCUCAACGGAGGAGUAGAAAUUAUAAGGGUAUUAGGUCUCCAAAAGAAUGGUAAUAUAUUAGUGGAGGCAAUAUUAUCAGGACCAUGUCGUUGUGAGCUCUCUUCAUAUGACCCUAAGAGUGAACAAGUUAAGAAUUUGGGGAUUUGUGGGAGUUCAUACAAUUUUCAUGUUGAUAAUUAUAUGGAGAACCUUAGCUUACUCGACAAACCAAAUGAGACAGUUUCCGAAAGGAGAGUGAGCAGGAAGAGUAAAUGCAGGUAUAAGCUUGAUUUAACUCAAAAUUUCAGCAUUUACUUGUCUCAGUUUUAUCUAAUUCUUUGUAUAUACUAUUGUGUGGUUGUAAGUAAACAUGAAGUUCCAAACCUCAAUAUACUGUUUUCGGAUGUUAAUUUGUUAUCAAAAGAGUGGUCAGAAUUUUUAAGUACAAUUCUUUUGUUUUGCAUGCUGGAAUUGGUAAAUAUAAAUGAAAGAUUGACAAAGGCCGAACCUCCCUGUUCAACAUUCCAGGAGACCAGAGCACUCUGAGGCAUCACCCAAACUAACCCAAACAUACCAACACCAUUGACCAUAUAUCAUGCACAAAACAACAAUGGAGGAACAGGUGAUCAGCAGACUCACCACUCUGUUUACACAUGGAACACCAAUCUACCACACACAAUCCUUGCACACGGUGAUUAUCCAUGGUUAAAAUUUUCCCCAGUGGUUGUCCAUGUAGAGCAAGCUAUCUUCCUUGGGACCUUUGCCUUCCAUAUAGGCUUCCAAGGAAAAGAAUAAUAACCAGUAGGAGAUAGAGCUUUAUAAUAAGAUUUAACCUCAAAACCUCCACUUGUGGUCAGGGGGGCCAUCUUAAAAAGAUCCUCUGCAGCUCCUAUUUUUGCAGAAUAUCAAUAGUUGAAGAAAGACUGCAUAGAUUCCAACUCCCAGUCUUCACAGGGCCUUGUAAAUAUGUCAUUUCAAAAAACAGACCCAUUCUGUGACUGCAUUACAUCUGCCACUGCAGCAUUUUUAUCCCUGGCCAACUGGAAUAGGUUUGGAAAGCAUCAUGUCCUCACACCGACAAUCGAACCAAAAAAAGAAUAUUAGCACCACUCAUCAUGACAAACUGUAAAAUCUGGACCAGCCUAUUCCACCCGUUUUGAAUGUAUUUCUAUAAGCUAACCCCAUUGGACACUGACACCAGUGACUCAUCUGUCGUCCAAUUACCCCACAUGCUACCAUAUUUUGAAGCAAUUACUAUACGCCAGUAGGCAUUCUUCUCAGUCAAAUGUCGCCAAAGCCACUUCCCAAGCAAAGCUUUAUUGAAACGAACCAAGCUUCAAAAACCCAAACCUCCUUCCUGAAUGAACAUUGAAUGUAGGUGCAGUGAGAAAUGGGCAAGUGGUCCCAUACUUUAAUGUAGGGGUGUGGGUAAAGAAGAUAGUCUUGAAGACUAAGUGGUUAGAUGACAAAUCUAGAGAAACUAAGCAUUCUAAAUAUAAAUUGUGAGAUACAGGGAAUAAGAACAAUAGAUUUUAGGUAGGGAUGGUUGUAGAGAAAAGCUGUAAAGUGGAAGCUGUCAAAUUAAGGAAAUAGGAGAUAGACUUUUUUUAAUAUAAUUUGUCUAGGGGAAGUGACAACCAAUUCAGUCAGCAUUAAUGUUCCUCAAAUAGAUUUAGAUGAAUCCAUUAAGAAAUAAUAUUGGGAGGGUAAGAAUGAGUUUAUUCAAAGUAUAUCAAAAAGGAUAAAGGUUUUGAUUGGGGGAGGCUUGAAUGGUCAUGUUGGGAUAGAUACUGGGGAAUUGAGGGAGUACAUGGAAGGCAGGGAUAUAAAAUAAGAAAUGAGCUGCUUUAAGCAGUCUUCAUUUUCUACUAUGCUAGAUUUUUUUGGACUCGUACUUUUCAAUGACUUUAACAACCCAUGUACUGUAUAGUAUUGUAUCAUGAACAAACAAAAGAGGACAGUUUCCAUAACCCUCUUACUUUCUUCCGCCACUUGAAAUGCAGGCUACAACAUUAUGUAAUGUCCCAUUAUGUACUUUCAUAACCAAAAUUAAAAUAAGCAUGGGGAUAGGGUCUCCUUGACUUAGUUCUCGUGAACUAUUGGAAGAGCCAAUUCUGCUUCUAUUAACCAUGAUUGAGAACCACUUGUCCAAAUAGAAAAACCAAACCCAUUUCCUCCAUUUUCGCCAAAAUUGAGUCUGUCUAUGUAUAUGAAAUGGCCUAGUUAACAUGAUCAUAUAUCAUUUCAGUGUUCAACUUUCAAAUUACCCCAAAAACACUGCUAUCGAGUUUUCUAUCAAGACUUUCAUUGGCAAUAAACACCAAAUAAGGGUUUACCAACCUUCAUUGUAAGCAUUUGGGUCUAACACAAGACACCUAUCUCACAUUUAACAGAUCAGCCUACACUUUCCAUAAGCAUAUAGACAUUUCCAGCCAAGCUAACAUGGAGAAAACCCUUGAUACUGAUGCCACCACUUAGUUUUUUGGAAUCAAAGUGACAUAAAAAGAAUUCAAAGAUUUCUCAAACUUGAAGUUAUUAUAGGGCUCCAUUUCUACAAAACCCAUUCUAUCACUUCAAUAGUAACCUUCAUUUAUUUUGCGUUGUUCUCUAACACUUUGUAUCUGUCCACCAUCUUUCGUAGCAAGACAAUUUAUCUUACUCCUCUCUUUAAUAGUUGCAUUGCACAUUUUACUAAUUGCUUUGCUUCAA